CUUGGCAGCGUGAAGGUUGCUCGCAGCGUGUGCCCGUAGUUCGCGUUCCGCUUCAGACACACUGAUAUGUUUCCAGCAGCUCCAGUCUGGUUGUGGGCUUGACUAAACUGUCAAAUAAGACGGGAGUCCUGACCGUGGUUUUCCUGGUCGUCCUGAUUUCAUUUCUUGUCCGUUUUUGAAUGGUAACCUUCGUUGCGAACGCUAGAAUCAGUUUGGAACGUAAAGGUCGCCAGUAGUUCUGUGCUCGAACAACGAAGUUUGCAAGUUUCGCGGCCAACAAGGACGCAACCGAGUGUUUUGAAAUGUGAAGGAAAUUUUGUGCCGUUUGCAUGGUUGUCCUGAUUUGCAGUGGAAAUCGCGACGUGGUAAAUCCUUGGAGAGUGUACAGAGUGUUUUGGGUGUUUUUUUCAGUCGUAGCUAGUGUCCGGGAAGCAGGAAAUUAGGCACGGUUACUCGUCCUUGCGGUAGAGAGCCUCCUGUUUCGUGUGCUGCAAGUGUCAACGUCCUUAGCGUAGCGGAGCAGUGAGUUGUAGGGUCAGCAGGUCGCUACCCGAGUAGCGUGCAUGCCGCGUUUGAACUUUACUAAUUUUGGUGUAGUUGGACCUUCCGAACGGUCAGAAAACAGGACUUUUGGUUAAGCCAGCGAACGGACCAGGCGAAGUGUUUUUAACCUGAGGAAUCCGCACAAAAAUGGGAUAAUGGCGGAUUUCAUGACAUCGAGAACUUGGGAUUUGAAGACUCCAUUGAAGCUUGAUCACUAUCAUCAGCACUACAGAGCGCCUUCCGCCCCGGAUGGGACGCUAGUUUCCAGAAUGGGGGAGUCGUCAUCGUCAGAACAAAAAUCAAAGAUGAAUUUGUGCAGCACUUCAACUGCAGCAGCAACAAAAAGAACUCCAAUCGAACGAUCGACAUCAUCGUCAACAGUGGAAGCAUUGUGCCGCCAAAGUGAUAAUUAUUGUGGCCAGAAUUACGAAAAAAGUGCGGCAAAAGCCACAUUCUCGCUGAUCAUGUCGGCACUGCGCGGUCACUUUUUGAAUUCUUCAGAUUCGAACAUGAUCGAUAGUAAUUGUUGUCAAACAACCAGUCAUGUUGGCAUGACUCUAAACCUACCUACCAUCGCCGCAUCCAAAUCAUCGAGAUUGAUACUAUCAUCAAAGACAAAAGCAAGAUCGCCAGUAGUCCCAUUGCAAAAGGUCAGAUACACAUCAGACGCAACAGGCACACGACGGGAGUCUGCGGCUCCUGAAGCAACAACGACAAUUACGGCAAACACUGAAUUAACAGGAGAGGAAAACGAUAAAAAUGCUAGUGAUCAUCAUCCUAAUAACGUAGUAGAGUGUAGAAUACCAUUAGUUAAUGCAAAUAAUGAAUAUAGUAGAUUGGCGACAGAAGCGGCAGCGUCACGACUAAAAGUCACGGACAUGGUUGCGUCUUCGUCGUCAUUAUCACUUCCUCCUAGAAAAACAAGGUGCAAUGAUACAAAUCGAAGGGAGAAUAGAAGCGUGAUUGCAAUGGGCGGCAAAAGUGUGUGGUGGCAGUUAGUUGUAGCAGUGUACUCCCUACUAUUGUAUAUAUCAGCGACAUCAGUUUGUUGGGCAGCAAGACAAGAAGUUGCUUCAAAUUGUACAUUUCCUUCACGAUGGGAGGGAACAUGGUUUCUAUCCGGAUAUCAACAAUCAGUACAUAUUAGAGGUUCACAAUUUAGUUAUCGAGGUAAAUGCGCGGCAUCGGAUGGUAAUAAAUAUUUAAUAGUAAAUGAUGAAUGUCAUCGAUGUCUGGUCAUCUAUGAGAAGCAUAAAAAUGUUCUGCAAUUUAAAGAAAGUGAGUGCGAAGGUGACAAUAUGUACGGUGAUCAAUCGAAUCCGGCUGCAAUGGCUAUGCGUAGCGUAGUCAAAAGCGAUCAUAGGGGGGGAGCUCAUCCCAACUCGAACGGGCAUCAAAGAUUAUCGUCAUCGGAUCAAUAUAUAAUGCGAUCCAAUGACGAUGGUAAUGAUUGUAGCUUUUGUAAGAGACGUGAAACGUUACAAAAUUUAUGUGAUCAAAUCCCCGGCGAUGCAUUGUUGUACAGUUUGUUUCGGGAGAAUGCAGAACCAGUAAAAUGUCCACUUAAUGGACCCUUUUCAUUUACAUAUAAUAGAGGACAUGGCGAAUGUAAAUCACCGGUAUCAAACAUUGAAAGUUGUACGGAGGAUAGUCGUUUGUUGUUGAGUUUUCAAGCGUGUCCGGAUGUUCAAGGAACCGAGAGUACAGUUGAAGAGCUAACCUGCUUGGCAACGUGGAAGGAUGGAAACUCCAGAUAUCUGAUCGGUUUAGUAUCUCAGCAUCACACACAUCAUUUACAAGCCCCACAUCAUGCACUAUCGAAUGAGGAGCGCUACAGAUGCUUCGUUUACGAAAAGAUAUCAACGCUGAUGGGUAUAUUUCCAGGUCCGAUGAGUAAUUUAAACGUAAAAGAUGCUGAGUACAAAUUGGCUCAGUCCGGAGAUGCCACAUGUAAUGGUCUGGAUAGUGCGGAGGUUGGAUCACGUAUCAUGACACUGCGAAAACCUCCGCCAGCAGAACGUUGCGACUUCCCGGCGUGGUUCAAAGCACCUCGACAUUGGCGCGCUCUAAUGGGUAACAUUGUGUAUACAUUUCAUCAAAGUGACGGAUCGAUACAUAUUAAAAGCAAUGGACUAUUGGAGACCUGGGCGUUGUGCGAGCAAAUUAAUAAGCAGACCCAGACCGAAAUGAUGGCCGUGGUGCAUUAUACGAGUCAAUGCGAAUCGGGAUUCAUGUGUAUGACAUUCUACAAACGUGAUAUGCAAGUUGCUGAAAUCCAAAUGGGCACGCCAGCGUCUAGACUGGAAGAUGCUUGCGCCCCGGACCAUUUCGAUAUAAAUAAGCUGCCAUUUGUCACACUUCUGGCGAGCAGUCCCGAAUCGCAAAUAUGUCCUUUGGAAGGCUUAUUCAGUCUCCGUGGGGCAAUUGGACCACCGUAUAUAACAUCCAGGCACAAACGUAACCAUAAUAACAAAGGACACAAUCAGCAUGGCCAUCAUCAUCAUGAGCAGGGACAUAAAAGGCACGGAAUUCAAAGCUUCCGAAAUUCUGAGGAGUUUGGUCAAACAUCCUGGCAAUCUCAUACUCGAGGUCUUUCAAUUAGAAGUCGACGUGCUGCCACUAACCCCACCAUAUCGAGCCAGACCCGCUCCGUAGUAAUCUCCGGAUACGAUUUAAUAGACUCCUCGAGUGUUGCUGACUCUGUUCCAUAUAAAUCGAAAGUCCUUGUUCCGAAUCAUAGAAGCAAUCGCAUUUCUAUGGAAGGAAGUGAAACCUUUCACAAAGGCACUGGCAAUAAUGACGAUGAUGGCGCAGAUGAAGAGAAUAUCCUCGAUAUAACAAACGAAAAAACAAUUGAGAUGCCGCCAAAUGUGGAUGGAGGACUCAGUGCAUCAUCGCAGCAACGCAACCGUCGGGACGUUCCAGCAUGUAUAGUAAAUUAUAAAGCACAACGGCAGCUCCUGGUCGGUUGUACGGAUCCAAAUUUGAUUGAAGUCCGACCUAGAUGCAGUGAGGAUGGCGAGGAAUCGUAUCUUUGUCAUGGCUCAUGGACCGAAAACAGCACAGUGUACAUAGUAGCGAAGAAUCAAGCCACCCAACAUGGAGUUUGCAUUAGUUAUAAGCAAUUAGAUGGGAAUGAUGGUCUGCUGGUCGUGGGAGAUUCAUGUUAUCGAGGACUACAAAAACCGCCUGAUCAUCAUUUCGUAGCUAAUCUAACAUUAGCCGGUAAAUGUGGUGAUACCAAUUCCGCACAUUCAAUCCGCCGCUACCAUUCGAAACAAAAUUGGAUUCUAUUAGCGAUUUCAACAACAACUACACUAAUGGGAAUCACAGUUUCAUCUGCGAUGCUGGUCAACUUUUCAGCUAGAUGACUCUGAUAAUUUCGCAUUAGCUUGCUGCCUACCACCAACAUCCAUACGAGAUUGUAUCUGUAAAUUUGAAAUGAACUAAUCUACAAAUAAGGAAUAAUUUAGGCUUCAAACAAAUAUUAUACUCAAUUGAUGAAACUAACGUAAACAUCUCGAAACAGUGGAAGAACUGCAUUAUAUUGAUGCACAUAAAGCUCGGAGAUAAACGUGUAAAAAUGAUAACUACUGUAUUCUGUGUAAGAAACAAUUCUUUAUAUGAAAUAAUUGAAAAUUACAGAAUUCGAACUUUAGAUAUUCAAAAAAAAAGGAUACCGAUAGGAAAAUAUUACUUAGCGAAGGGAAGACUAUAGUGGAACAGAUUUUUUUAUAUAUACGAUAAGACAUUUAAAUGAUUGUACAUGGGAAGGGUGUGAAACAAACGGGAAGAAAGUGAAAACUGGAUAUUGUGUAGGAACAGAUGACGAAGAAUGAACAGAGCAAACUAUUAUUCUAAGCAUAUGAACUAGAAAAUGUACUGUUCAGCUAAAGAUUAAAUUUAAAAUUAGAUAUUAAAGAAUGGAGAUGUUUUAUAUAUACAUAUAUAUAUAUAUAUAUAUUUAAAGUAUACAAUAACAAGUCGCUACAAAUGACUGAAAGACUAGACAAACUUGAUAUGAUCUAAAUAGUCCAUUUGCAUUGUAUUACCGCAUGGACAAACAGAAAAAUCUAAAUAGCAUCACGCGUUUGUGGGAGAUUUAGUAGCUCAGCAAAGGUCGCUUCACAAUACGAUUUAUUGGGCACUGUGAUCGUCGUGAAUCCAAUCAAAACACUGGCCCUGUUAAUUUAAGUGGGAAUAAUUUGAUUGAGAAAAACAAAAAAAAAAUUGCAUGUGGUGUAAAUCCCGGUGAGAUGCCGCAUCUUUUCGAAAAUCGAUACUAAUUGAAAAUACGCUGUUCCCUUCCACUUUUUCAAAAGAUUCUUAUUUCUGCUCAAACUAAUCAUGAUUUAUUCUUUACGAACAGAGAGAUUGAUCUUCAUUUUCAUCAGCCUUUGUCCCGUUCAGAAGCGGGGUCGGCUCCCCUUAAUCGGUUGCGCCAUUUUGCUCGGUUAUAUGCCUGAUCUGGAUAGAGUCUAGAAGGCACACCAUCGCCAUUUAAUGUAUCAAGCUAUCUUUGUUUUGGCGGGCCUUUUGUCGUUUUCCAUCGACUUCAAUGUUCAGACCAAUAUUAGCAAGUGAGUUUUCAUCAGUGCAAAUCCAUUGGUCCAAAGCAACACUUUCGUCUGCAUUACCGCAAGGCGCCGUUCAUUGUCUUUUAUAGUCGGUCAACAUUCAGAACCAUAGAGGGCAACAAGGCUUAUCAUCACAGAAAUUGAUGUGUACAUAAAAUAGAAAAAUCUUCGAAAAAGCACAAAACAUUUUCAGGUCAUUGUUUGUCGAUUUCUGUAUUUCGAAAUUUGCCGAGGUCCUUCGAACGACAACGAAGCGAAUCCUUUCUUUCAUUUUUCCACUAAAUCGAUAGUUUUAAUUGGCACAUUUUUUCCUUCUUCUUCCAACUAGUUUAUUUAAACAGAAAAUGUUUUCUUUUUCUCAGUUUCUGUUUUCCGUUUCGAUUUUCCUCGAAUGCUGCCAAUACUUAUUACCGAUGGCAAAAGGUGUGUAAAUUGUGAAUUUUUUGGCGUUGUACGUUGAAAUUUACUUUUGGAAUACUCCACUGUCGCUACUUUGAUCAGGGCGUCACAAACUGGAGCUCCUGCUUGCAAUCUGGUCAGUUUGCGACGUAGGCGGCCUCUAACACCAUGUGAUGUGUGCAGCGAAUGGCAAGAUAAGACCACGCCAUUAUUUUCAGUGUCAAUAAGCCAAUAUAUGGCUUAUUACACGCCUAUGCUUUGUUGCCAAGUACACACGACUUUUCGUGUGUAGGUUUGAAGUUGAUAACAUUUGCCGUAAAGUUCCUAUGCACCGUGAAUGCCACUCCAAACUCGCAUUUCCCUGAUACCUGUCCACUUUUGAAGAUUAUGGGCGACCUCAUACCAGUCAUUUCGCAACCAUUCCAAUCUAUUCCUGGACUGCUAGAACCCUAAAUUUGUACUUGCUGGCCUGUCGAAAUGGGUCCUCGGCAACAUCAGAUUUGUUUAGUGACCCAACAUUCCGGGAUCCAAGAGCGUUCCUUUACGUGGUCGUUUCCAUGGUAUCGACCCUCUUCGAGGCUAUUCAUCCAGUCUCUGCACAUAUUUGUUGUGGAAUGGCGUUUAUUUGACAGUUGAAUGUAUAUUAAAUACAGUUGUAGUAAACUUAAUUGUUAAUUCACACUAUGUAUUACAUUUAAUGGUUAGUUCACACUGUUACAUUUCUCCUUCCUUCAGUAAUUUUACAUCUCUUCGACUAGUCUCUUGGGUCGAUUUCUUAGCCGUUGGCUUCGCCGUACUGGAUGUUCAAUUUGUUGUGCUUCGGUGUGUUGUCCUUGUUCACUCAUGUUUCCGUUUUCAUGCGACGGUAUAGCGGGCUGCAUAGACUGCUGAUGUUCCUGUUCAUCAUCUGCUGUCGGACUUGCAGAUUGGUGAUGGAAACUGUUUCGCCUAAAAUCUGAGACAUCCCGGAAGUCGAUUGAUUGUGAUUGAUGGUGGUAUUACCCUCCGUUCUCGGAUAUGAUCUGCAUGUCGUCUUCUUUCUACACCGUCCUUUGUAGGAAUAUUGUUCUUUCGACUAUGUUGGCUGGUUCCCACAUUUUCUCGAUGUCUGUCUUUACGAAUACUGGUUGUGCUGGUUGGAACUUUCUGUUAGACUGCUCUGCUUGAAGAUUUUGUUUUACAUGUUUAAAAUGCAUCUCUCGCCGUACAUUAGGCUUCAGAUUGUCAAAUAAAGUUCGCAGGCGUCGACCUCGCAAAAAUUCAGAUGGUGCCUUCCCUGUAAAGGAGUGUGGUGUGUUUCGAUAUGUAAAUAGAAAUGUGCGCAAGCGCUGACGUUGUGAUAAACCAUCAUAUUCACUGGCUUUCAUGCGCUCCUUAAAUGUUCGUACGAAUCGUUCGGCUAGUCCGUUGGUUUUCGGAUGGUACGGUGAAGACGUUACAUGUUUUAUUCCAUGACUUUGACAAUAAUUUCGAAACUCUUCUGACGUAAAUUGACUACCAUUAUCCGACACGAUAAUUUCCGGAUAACCAAAUGUUAUAAACUUCUCCUCUAGGAAUUCGCACAAAGUUCUUGUGGUGGCAGCAUAAAGUACAUCUGCUUCUACCCACUUUGAUAAAGCAUCAACAAGCACAAUCCACAUUUUUCCUUCGAAGGGACCUGCAAAGUCCACAUGCAGUCGUUGCCAACAAUGCUCUGGCAGGGACCAAAAGUAGAUUGGCAGUUCAGAUUGUUUUGGGCGUUGACGUUGACAUGCCAUGCAUGAUUUCACUGUAUAUUCCACGCCCUUGUCGAUGUUCGGCCACCAUACAUAGUACCUCGCUGGCGCACGCAUAGAGCCAAUGCCUGGAUGCCCUCUAUGAAGAUGCCUCAAUGUUACUUCUUGAAGAUUAUCGGGCACGAUAAUUCGUCCUUGCCACAUCAAAAUACCGUUUUCGUAUGAUAGUUCCUCCCGUUUAUCGUAGUAUGGUUUCAGCUCGUUGUUGACACACUUCGUGUCUGGCCAGUGACGCUCAAUUAACUCAAUUACUCGUCGUAAUAUUAGGUUAUGUUUCGUCUGCUUCCUAAGUUCCUGUUCUGUUAGUACAAUAUCAUCAAGCUUCCGUAUUUGAAUUACUGCAUAAAUUUUAUGAAUCUUCUGCGCUUCCUCCGAAAUUGCUUCAUGUGCGUUUGGUAAGCGUGAUAAGCAAUCAGCUAGAAUAUUGUAUUUGCCUUGACGAUACUGUAUAUCGUAAUUGUAUGCACCUAACAUUAGUGUCCAUCUCGUCAGACGGUUGUUUACGAUUUUUUGCAAAUUUCGUUUGUCUCCCAACAGGUGUUGAAGCGGCUUGUGAUCCGUAAUUAAUGUAAACUUUGUCCCACGUAAAUAUGGAUCAAAUUUCUUCACGGCGAAAAAUAUUGCUAAUGCCUCCUUGUCAAUGGUAGCGUAUUUUUGUUCUGCUUCGAUCAAUUUUCGUGACGCGUAGGCGAUAGGUAACUCGUUGUUAGCCUCGUCCUGAUGAUAUAAAACAGCACCAAGGCCUACAUCGGAUGCGUCUGUUGCCAAAUAAAGCGGUUUUGUGAGAUCGUAAGGAGUUAGAUGACGGGCGCUAGCUAUCAUAUGUUUAACAUUAUCAAGUUGUUUCUGUUCCGUUAUUGACCAUCGCCAUUGCGACUUUGUACCAGUUAAUGCGUGUAGUUCGGAACAUGCUCCAUGUAAGUUGGGUAUGAAUUUCUCGUAAAAAUUGACCAAUCCCAGAAAGGAUCGUAACUCCUUCUUGUUAGUGGGUAUUGCAGCAUUUUUUAUUGCUAUCAGCUUGUCUUCCACUGGAUAGAUCCCUUUUCGGUUGAAUUGAUGGCCCAAAUAGUCGAUACUGUCUUGAAAAAAGCUACAUUUGUUCUUUUCGAUACGAAAACCAGCUUCACGCAGACGUUUAAAAACUUCUCUUAAUGAUCUUAGAUGGCUAUCUUCAUCUGGACCUGUAAUGCCUAUGUCGUCGAAAUAGAUUGCAACGUUGGGUAUGCCAGCAAGUAGAUUUUCUAUAUAAUUUUGAAAUGUUCCGGGUGCACUCGAUAUACCAGGAGUCAUACGGUUAUACUGAAAAUACCCUUUGUGUGUGGAUAUCAUUAGGUAUUUUCUUGACUCUGGACUAAUCUCGAAUUGUAGAUAGGCAUCGCGUAGAUCUAAUUUCGUGUACUUCUCACCCUUGGCAAGCUGCUGACGGAUGUUUUCGAAUGUUGGUACUGGAUGUCGUAUUGUUACUAGUGCUGGAUUCAGUGUAACACGAAAAUCACCACAAAUACGUAUAUUUCCGUUCCGUUUAACCACGUUGACAGUGGGUGUUGCCCAUUCGAUUGGUGUUUCGUUGGGGUCAACAGAUGAGAUUAUUCCUGCUGUAACCUUUCAAGUUCGAAUUCCACGCUUUUUUGAAUUCCGAAUCGGACUGGCCUGGCUGGAAUAUGUAUUGGUGUUGCUGUUUCCUUUAUGUGAAUUUUAACUUGGUAGUUAUUUAUUUUUCCCAGUCCUUCUUCGAAUAGCUGCUUGUUCUCUUCCAAUAUGUCAUUUAAGUUCUGAUGCAGUGGUUUCGUUGUCGGCUGCACGUGGUUGUUGACACGAUCUACGUUGUACACUGGUUCGGGCAGUGGCAAAUUGAAGGCUUCAUUCCACUCUAAGCCAAAUAACAUUGGAUUCGCGUUGUCCACCACGACUACUUUCAAAGAUCGCGUUCGCUUGUUCAGCGUCACUGUCACUGUAGCUUCCCCUUGGCAAGGUAAAUCGAAAUUGCCAUAAGCCCGUAGUUUUGGCUUCCCUUUAAGCGUUGGUGAUCCGAUCUGUUUCCAAAAAUCUUUACUUAUAAUGGAAACUGACGCGCCCGGAUCCCAGUCCAUCGUACACGUGACACCGUUUAUCUUAACGUCAAUGUUUCUUUUCUUAGCAAUGGCACUCAUUACUUUAAAAACUUGCUCACAACUCGAAAUAGAUGUAUCACUAUUUUUUACGUUGUAAAUACGCUGUUGUUUCUUUUUGUCUCUCACGAUCAAUUUAGCUCUGCCUUUUCUUAUACAGCACGACCCGUAAUGUCCAGGUUUGCCACACGCUUCACAAUUGUGAUUCGCCGCCUUGCAGUUGUCUUUUGAAUGUCUUUCACGCGCACCACAUCUUAAACAUUGUUCUUCCGACAAAAUUCGGAUCCGCUUACCGAUUUUCGCACGACGCUUUACUAUUUUUUUCACUUCCGCGCAUUCACUUUCUACAAUGUCUUUUUCCGCCAACUCUCUUGAUAGCGCUAUUUUGAAAACUUCCGCGAACGACACUUCGUUUUCUAUGCCUUCAAUAUCAUCGAAUGUUUUUAGCUCUGGCCACCUUUGUUUCAAUUCCACUUCAAGUCGGGGAUGGUUGAGACCCGUUGCAAACCGAUCACGUAAUUGACGUUCUAGCAUGUCGCCGUCGUAGCCACAAUCGCGACUUAUGUCUUUUAGCCUGUUCGCGUAAGAUUCGAAUGACUCAUCUUUUUUCCUCACACAAUUCCAAAAGUUCGUUAGAGCUUUGAAGCGCGUGGUUUUUCGUUCAAAAAGCUUCACGAAUUUUUCCGCGAUUUCCGUGUAAGUCAGGUUUUCAAAUUUUUUCUUUGCGUCCGCAAAUGCAAUUUUUAGUUCACGAUAGGUUUCCGGCUUUAGAUAUAAUACGAAUAAUUCUCUUUUCGAACUUAUAUCAUCCGCGAUUCCCCACAUGUGGCACUGGGCUUCAAAAUAAUCUACGAAAACACUAGCCGUUGUAACGCCAUCAUAUUUCUCACAUUUAAAGUUUUUUAGGAUGUUUUGUUUUUUUACCUCUGUAGAGAUGUUUUCUCUACCAACCGUCACGGUAGCGAAAUUUUCAAGAAUUUUUAGGAUGGCGGUUUGUUGCUCCGCCUGCACACGUAAAAAUUCGGCAAACUGUGUGGCGUCCAUAUUUAACUCGCGCUCGGAAAAACGAAAAACACGACCGUCCUCGUCGCCAGUAUGUUGUGGAAUGGCGUUUAUUUGACAGUUGAAUGUAUAUUAAAUACAGUUGUAGUAAACUUAAUUGUUAAUUCACACUAUGUAUUACAUUUAAUGGUUAGUUUACACUGUUACAAUAUUGUUUGGUUUUUUUUUGCAGAAUGACGAGUUGAAGUUCAUUUCUUUGAACCCCCAGCCUGGAGGACCAGGUUAAUUGUUUUAGACCCCCUUGAAGGAGGGGCGUGGAGUUAUCCCCGCUAAGCUGACCGCCCACUUCUACCUUUUUUCUUACUUUGCCCUAUCGCGGGUUUUACAGAGAAUAGUAUUGAAUGUAGAACUUAAAUCGGUCCGUUGGUUUUUUGCUUGAAGUCAGUACUUUCUCCCAUUUUUCUUGCAAUAUAUAGAUUCCGUCGAGCAAAAAGUUUUCAUCUUUUGAAGUCAAGAAUGAAUCGAGCCAAUUUUCGACACUCUGUUCUGAAGUGAAGCGUAUUCCAGUCAUAGCGUUUUGCAUAGAUCGAAACAAAUGGUAGUCGGAGGGAGCGAUGUCUGGACUAUAGGUCGGGUGAGCCAGCAUUUUCCGACAGUUCCUUCCAAAUAGUUUUAACUUGAGCAGCAAUGAUCAAAUAUUAUGGACUCGUAUCUGGACGCAUUAUUUUCGGCUAUAGCUUUCUUUCAAUAAUUCUAUUUUUGCCUGUGGAAGUCCUUGUGAUAGUCUGUCGAGGCUUUAGAAAUUCGUGGUAGAUCACACCCUUUGGAUCCCACCAAAUAUAGAGAAUUAACUUAACACCAUGAAUAUUCGGCUUUGGCGUUGAUGUUCACGUUUGUCCCGGCUUUACAUAUGACAUUUGGCCUUUGAAAUUGUCGUACUAAAUUCGUUUUUCGUCCCUGGUUUUGACUCGAAAGAGAAACGACUUUCUUUUCUACCUGGAUAUGCAAAAUUGUUGUUCGAUAUCGCUCGGUUUUACUCCGUCUGGGAUCCAGUUUCCCUGCUUUUAGAUGUUUCCCGCAGCUUUUGAGUCGUUUCGAAAUAAAGGGGCAUAUCAAAUAUAAACGAGACUGUCUUUUUUUCUAAAUUAUUCUGUUUAUUAGACUUCAUUUACAAGUCUGUUAUUUUUCUACAUACUCUCCUGCCGAGCAAAUGCAUUUUUCCCACCGAAUUGGUAAUUUUUGAAUCCCGUCAUCAUAAAAUUUCUUUGGACGUUCUUGAAGCCGCUGGCGCACGAAUGUCUUGACUGCCGCGCCGUCGUCAAAUCGCUUUCCUCUAAGCUCUUCUUUUAGUGGCCCAAAAAGAUGGAAAUCGAAAGGAGACAAGUCGAGACUGUUGGGAGAAUAUUCUAAGGUUUCCCAGUCAAAGGCGCCAAAUUUUUGUUUUGUUGCGUUUGCCACGUGAGGUCUUGCUUUAUCAUUAGGAAAAAUUACGCUUUCGUGGCAUCCAACAAUAAUACUGUGCACCAAUGACGGAUUGAUCAUAGAGGAAAUCAGAAUGAGUAACACCUUUCCAAUAAAGAAAUGGUUGCCGUUAGUUUGCCGGCUGGCAAUCUCGCGUUCACUUCCCUCUCGCCGUUGUUCCUUCAUUUCAUACUGGAUUGUUUCGACUUGGGUGUGGAAUAGUGCACCCAAGUUUCGUCACAUAUGACGAUUCAAUUGAAAAAUGCGUCUCCCUCUUCCUGGAAUCGUCCUAGUAACCGCUAAGAAACUUCCAAUCGAUGCCGAUAGCAGAUGUGGUACCCAGCUCGCUUAGACUUUUCGCAAGACCGUCAAGCUUUAUCUGGGCUUGGGAGUAGUAUACUAUUCACAUAACAUGACGGAUAAAUUAGUAUCCCAGUAUUCGACUUUACAUAUCUCCAUUGGUGAAUAGAUGCGACAUCUCACUCGGAUUUCUACAAAAACUAUACUGAAGAUUAGAACAGACGCUACAUAACUCAGAUUUUCAAUCAAAAUAUCAAUCACAAUGAAGACGACCUACAUUACGAGGGUAGUCUGAAAAGUUUCCGAACUAACAAUGAUACAAGAUAUUUUUUUUUUUAAUUUUUAUUUUUCUACAUAGUGUCCUUGUAAGUCUACACACUUCUCCUUGCGAUGCUACCAUCUCCUUACCCCGUCUAAAUAGUAUUUGGCGUCUUUCUCUGCAAAAUAAUUAUUUACGAAGGUGAUGGCCUCCUCAUUUGACGAAAUUCUUUGUCCUCCAAAUGCAAUUUUUAGAUUAGGGAACAAAAAGAAGUCAGUUGAGGCUAGAUCUGGUGAAUAAGGAAGGCGGUCAAGCAGUUCAAACCCUAAUUCGUGGAUUUUCGCAAUGGCAACCACAGAGGUGUGAAACGGCGGAUUGUCUUGGUGAAACAGAAUUUUUUUUUCUUCAAAUGUAGCCGUUUUUCCGAAAUUUCUGCCUUUAACUUGUCGAGUAAUGAUACGUAGUAUGUUCCUGUAAUGAUUUUUCCUGUUUGAAGAUAAUUGAUUAAGAUAACUCCAUGACUAUCCCAAAAAAUAGUCACGAUAACUUUCCUAGCCAAACAAACAGUUUUUGCUUUUUUGGAGCCGACUCCACCUUCGCAAUCGACUGUUUUGACUGUAUUUUUGUUUCGGGUGUAUAAUGGUAUAUCCAAGUUUCAUCUACAGUAAUUUUUAAUUUUCGCCAAAACUCUGAUAUAUUGCGCUUAAACUUCUCCAACAGAGCGUUGGAAAUGUUCAUUCGAACACGUUUUUGGUCUAACGUGAACAGCGCGGCACCUAACGCGCGGUCAGCUUUCUCAUGCCUAAAUCUUCACUCAAUAUUUGGCAAACACGUUCUUUUGAUAUAUUCAUAGCCUCUCUCUCUCUUUUGACAUAUUCAUAGCCUCUGUUAUCUCUUUCACUAUAAUUCGACGAUCGUUUAGCACCAUUUAGCGAUGCUAUCGUUAGUGGUUGCAGUUUUUGGACGUCCCGAACGUAAAUCGUGUCCCAAGUUUGUACGGCUACGUUUGAAUUCAAUUGCCCAAAAUUUCACGGUGAUAAAUGUUGGUGCAGGGUCCCCAUACACAACGUCCUACUCAUCUUUGAUUUGCGUAAGCAUAUUGCCUUUCAAAAACAAAUAUUUAAUAGCAGCUCGAUACUAGAUUUUUUCUAUUUUCACAAAAACACUCGCAUUGACUCACUCAGACGAUUGUCAAACAACAACUCCGCUUCCAAAAUGGCUGAAAUUUUUGGUGAGUUUCUGUCAAAAGAUGCGCAACCAUGUUCUCUAAGUUUUAUUGUCGAGUGCUGCCACCUUCACGUUGAGGUCGGGAGCUUUUCAGAUCACCCUCCUAUAAUGGAGUUUUUUGAAAACCCGUAUAUGAAAUUGAUUUCCAAAUAAAGCGCUAAAAAUGUUCGAGUAUCCUAUCGAGACAACACAUUGAUUCGAUGUACGAGGGCUCAAAAAUGCGGCAUCUAUACCAACGCGACAUUCCACCCGGACUUAGUCUAUAGGAGUUGAGUCUUAUUACAGGGGAAUUUCUAGUUGCUCGAAACAUUUCAUUUACCAUUAGGAAUAGGAAUAGGAACUGCUUCCUUUUAUCAUCUAAUUUACGUUGUGAAUUUUCCCACAGAAUCAUAAAGUUACCUACGAAAUGAAUUGGAAGGGAUUUGAUAUAUCCGACCUGUACCCAAUGCAAAGCAUUCUCUAGUUCAAUCCUUUUUCGCUCCCAGUGUGUUUUACUGAGGUGCAAAAGUCAUACAAUCCUGCACUAAUCUAGCAGAUAGCUGAUGGCUGAAUAUAACAAAUUACUCGUAUCUAUAUGCUCCUCGUUUUCAACCCACUAAAGCUCUUCACGAUUAUUCCCUCGAUUAUAUGUUUAAUGUCCGAUUUCUGGAAAGAAGCGCCUUCAAAGAGCUAGUAGGUCUCCAACUCAUGAUGCUUUCACGUGUGUUCUAUAUAUGCUCAACUAAUUUGAAAAAUACAACGUGUAACUGAACUUUUCACAGGUAACCCUCAUCCUUUGGGUAAAAAUGUUGUUCAUUAUUAUUGUCAUUGGUCGGUCCGUUUGCGUGUUUUUAUGCAAUAGACCGCUCUAUACUCACAUCUGCUCUCUCUCGUAUUUAAUUCGGUCUGCUCUAAACUGAAACUCUAAAAUGAAAACCUAAAAGAACCAAUUUGAAAUAUAAUAGUACAACUGUUAAACAACGAUAUACCUUAAACAAAUAACCAUAAAACCUAGCAAAAUGCAUAUUUUAACCCUAGCACACACUGUUCCAAUCGAAUCUCUCCUUCCCACUUGAUUUCACAAUCAUAAAACUCCGACAAAUGAACAACAUUUCGACUACCACUCAUUCACUUCUCAGCAUACAAUAAAUUUAACAUUGAUGUAAUAUUGUAAAUAUAUUUUUCUAAUAAACAAAGUGAAUCUUUCAAAUAUUACAUGAAAAGGAUAUAUAUGAUUGUAUUUAACACAAUAUAUGAACUCGAACUUGGUCGUCUCUAACAAACUCAAAUGCAGAAUGCAACUUCUACUGAUCAUGCACAAACUGCAUAUUUUCAGAUACACAGAAACCACAUAAAAUAGGUAAAAGAUAUAACGCAUUAUAUAUUAUCCUUGGAACCUAAAGUUUUAGAAAUUAUAAAGGUGAAUGGAAACUUAAAUCUAAGAAUAAACACUUUCAAUUUCAUGUUUAAUUCAAAACGAGAGGAAAACUGAAAGAAACAACAUGAAACUAAAAACAUGUAUAGUUUUAAAGAUUGUAUAACGAGGUGAUAUUAGUUUAUUUUAAAAGAAUAAGAAAAUGGAGAUAAGACAUACCGUGAAGCGCUCUAUCCCUGUACAGCAAUUCAAAAUCUCUAGAAGAUUAAUCUAAGAAAUAUAUAAAUAUAAUAAUGAAUCGAAUUGAAUCCAUGAAGUGAUUUUAUAAGAAAAAGAUACUAAACAUUCUGUUCCAUUUGUUUUUCAUUUCGGUUUAAUUGUUGUGUGUUUGUUCUGAACAAUCGUGAUACCUUGAAACCUAAAAGGCAAUGAGUAGUUACAUUCGAUUGCUCUGCGAAAGGACGCUCAAAGAAACGCGCGUCAGAUUUAGGUGAAGAUAUCUUAAAUAUGCAUGCAACCGUUGUGUAGAAGCACAAGUCGAAGCUUUGAACAAGGAAGCCUAAUAAGGACCGAAGCAUCUUCAAUAAACUAUCUCGAUCCUUAGUGUCAACAGAGUGCUCAAUUUGAAAUUUUUCACUUGUAAAAUCUGUCCUCCAUUCUGACUGGAUGUUUCACAAUCAUCAUCAAAUCUUAAUAUUACUGAACCCUCAAGUAAACAAAUUCACAGAAAAAGAUACAUUUCAAAGAUUCUAUCCUGAACUUCUCGUUUUUAAUCGCUAACCAACUAACAGAGUUGAUUUCAGCCACAAUUCACACGAUUACUUCCUACGGUGUCUAACUUGUAAAUAUGAUAAAUUUAUUUUCAAAUAAAAAACGAGAAAUUUACUAAAGAAAGUAUCUUGUUAAUGAAAGAAUGUAUCUACGAUCGCAGCAACAAAAGAAUAUGUAAAUGUAUAUUCCCUUUUUUACAAACAAAACCGAUUGCAACAUAAAGUAUCUCCAACAGUUCUUACUACUGACAAAUUAUGCAUUGUGUGUGUAUAAAUUGUACUAGACACAUUUUUUAAAUUAUCAAAUUGAAGAGAAAAAAUGUUAAUUUCAUCAAUUUUUCAGUGGUAAAAUGAAAAAACAUAGAAUUGUUCAAUUAAAAUUUAUAUUUAAGGGACAAGCAAGACCCCUUCUAGUUAUUAGUUUCCAUUAGUUAGUCGUAUCUAAUUUUAUAAAACCGAAACAUAAAAAUAAUGCAAAAAAAAAAAACAAAAAACAAUUUAAAUAGCUAUGAGAAAAAGAAAAGAAACGAAAUAUAAUUAAAGAAUCUGUAAAAUUUUACUUCGGCUGUUGUCACUGUUAUGAAAUCGAAAAAAAAAGUGGUUGCGACUAUUCUUUAUGAAAGAAUGUCCUCAUUGCCAUGUUUUCUUUGAUUUCAAAUCGAUUUGUAAAAAGAUUUGUGUACUUUUUUUCCUUUAAAUAUAAACCGAGUUUUUACAUUUUUAUUAUCAAUUGUAAAUAAAAGAAAAAAUCGCUUCUAUUAUAGGUGACUACGUUAAGUAAGAAAUCCUUAAUUUUCCCUUAUGGUUUCAAUGUGCAUACUAUCCCUUGUCCUCUGUUCUGUUUUUCGUCUCCGCUGAAUCAAUUUCCGCUUUCAAAUCUCUCGUCUGAUAAUCAAUACGAAAUAAUACUGAAUACAACAAAAUAUUUUUAUAUGAAUUCCACUAGUUUUUGUAUACGUUUAAUGUUCAGGAUGGGUUGAAAAGGACCCUACUAUGUAAGAUGCGUAUCAGUGAGAAGCGUAAAUUGUUGUUCUGUUUUUCAAAUUGUGCUGAUAGAAAAGGCUUAUGUGCUUCGUGUAUAAGAACUGAUUAAAAUAGACACAAAACGAUGUACGUCUAGCUAUCGAAUGGCGAAUUUGUUGAGAAAGAAGGAAAAAAACCGAAGAGAUCCGGACAAGAUGAAAUUUAAUUGAAUGGUUUUUUUUUGUAAUUACUUUUUAUAUCAUACUUACUUUCGAUUAUAUCUAUGUAUAAUUAAUUUGUUCGUUUUGGUUAUUGAUUAAAAAGUCAAAUUGUAAACAAUAAA